AAUAUUGAUGCAUUUACAUCGUAUACAAAUAUUUUUGUUUAUUUCAAUUAAAGUUUUAUUUUAUGUUAUAAUGGAAUCUUAUGAAAAUCUCUACAAUUCAAUUUGUCGCUUAUGCUUAAAAUAUAACAGAAGUGAUAACUUGGUGCCCUUAUUUGACAAAAGUAGUGGAAAUGUUAGUUAUUAUGGUAAGGCGGUAACAACCUUUGCCGCAAUUUUAUUAAAAAAGGGCGAUAGUUUGCCGCCUUCUAUGUGCAAAAAGUGUUUAUUAUUAUUAAAGCAGUGUAUCUACUUUAAAUUUACUUGUGAAUCAAAUGAUAAGCAGUUAGGAUUAUUAAAAAGCUUAAUGACAGACAAUUUAAUGCAAACAGUUGUAGAAUAUACAUUAUUCAAAUUAAACAAUUUAUUAAAUACCUCAGACGCAUGUAAUAUUCCUAAACAGACAAUAAAUAACACGGACAAUCACAUAAAUGAUUUAACAACAAUAGAAAGUAACAAUAUAAAAAAUGACAAUAAAAACUCUUUUGGCUGGUUAUAUGACGUUCAAAUUGAACAUUUAAAUAAUGCAACAACUAAAAUUAAGAAAAACAAAAGUGAGAAGACCCAUGAAAUAUUGGAAAGUUUGGACAAAAUUGUGUCGCCAAAUAAAAAACUUUGCUCAGAUAUUGUGACGGUGAAACCAAAGAGAAAACUCAAGAGGCGAUUGCGUUAUAGAUUUAUUAAAAAAGUAACAAAUAACAAGAGCUUAGAUCAAGAGACUUAUAUUUGUAAUAUUUGUAAUAAAAUAUUGGCAAACCAGAAAACAUAUGAAAAUCAUAUGCAGAGGCAUAAUGGAUGCAGAUAUAUCUGCGAGCACUGUGGCAAAGGUUUCCCAGUGCUAGCAGAGCUUCAAAUCCACCUUGUAGCCCGUCACGGCACCGGGCCAUACCUUCAGUGCCAGCACUGCCCGUUCAAAGCACCCAGAAAGUUUGACCUCAUUGAACACGAGAGAAUACACUCCGGCGAAAGGCCGUUCACAUGCGAGAAAUGUGGACUCACUUUCCGUAGACGGGGAAUUUGGAAGAACCACUUAAUAUACCACACAGAGAAGAAGAUACAGUGCACUUUGUGCCCGAAGAAAUUUUAUCGCAGGUGCCAAAUGUUGGUGCAUUAUAAUAAUGUACACGAUAGAAUGUAUAUGUAUGUCUGUGCGAAGUGUGGGGCUAUGUACGCUAAACCGGUAACGGUGAGACGGCAUAUGAUGGAUAAACAUGGUAUACCAAGGGAAAUGCAAGGGAAGAUAUUGAGGGUUAAGAAGACGGGUUUCCAGUGAGAUAUUUUGUAUGGUUUUCAUGUUUUAAUGUAUUUAAAAUGUGUGUAAUAAACAAACAUUGAUGUAAAUAUUUUUAUUGUGUUUCCUUCUAGUUUGUUUUGUGUGAAUAUAACAAAGUUUAUUUAUUGAAACCCAUAAAUGUCACAUACUGAGUUGGCUGAGGCCCGUGCAUUGGUUUUAAAUUGAGA